AUGGCAAAAUACUGCUCAAGAAUCAAUCCAUUAAUUAGGAAGGUGGUAGGAGUACAGCCCCAGACUUGGAGAGCAAUGUGCAAGAUAAAACACCAAGUAGAGGACAAUAUAAUAUGGCAAAUUGGUCAGGCGGACAUCGUUACCGGUAUGACAGGCGGUCCCGGAGAAGGAGCUUUGUACAGGCUAUUACCAGAUGAUGUGAUUCCAAACAACAUAAUGCUUAAUGAAGUUCAUGUGAAUAACACCUGGCAAUGGAACAGGGCUGGUUACAGAGUUCCAUGGGAGGUGAAAGUGGCUGUUCAACACAUAAUAGUCAACUUCACUCAGUCUAAGAAGGAUAAAGCUACUUGGGUCCCCAAUACAGAAGGAAGUUUCACUAUAUCCUCAGCUUGGAACUUACUCAGAAAAAGGGCAGAAGACAAUUGGCAUGAUAGAAGAACAUGUCACAAGAAUGUUUCACUAAAAAUUAACUUCCACUUCUGGAGAAUGAUCAAGGAUAGGUUGUCAAUAGAUAACAAGAUUGGUAGGUUCAAAAUUCAUGGCCCAUCCAUAUGUUGUUGCUGCACUAACCACAAGGUAGAAACUGUAGAACAUCUAUUUGGUCAGAGUGAAUUGGCACAAGAGCUAUGGUCAAAUAUAUGUCAUCCAUUAGGCAUCAAAGUUCAGGGUAUCCCUCUUAGACGGAUCCUCGUAAACUGCUGGAAUAUACAAGCCAGGAACCUUGUUGCUAACAAGUUAAGUAAUAACUAUGCGAAGAAAUGUAUCAAAAUUACCAAAUGGUACCCCCCACCUCCCAAUCACAUCAAAUUAAAUAGUGAUGGUAGUUGCAGGGGUGAUUAUUGUGGGGGAGGAGGACUGAUCAGAAAUGAUAAGGGCAAGAUGAUAUCUGCUUACAACAUCAGCCUAGGCAAAGGUACAAGUAAUUGGGCAGAGGCAAAAGCACUACAAUAUAGGCUGAAAUGGUGUAUAAGCAGGGGUUGGAAUAAUAUCAUGUUAGAAGCUGAUUCACUACAUCUGGUCCAAGCCAUACAGGGAAAGAUUAAAUCUCCAUGA